GCUCGAUCAGGGUCCGGAAUUGAACGGUUAUUCAGGUAUCAAAGAAUUUAGGUCUGCCUUACUCGUUAGGAGCCACGUCAAAUUCGAAAGUUUAUACCAGUUGAUGAACAGUUAAGAAUUCGUCAAAAAUGAUCAACACCGGGAAACUUGCUGGGCGAACGAUUUUUAUCACAGGGGCUUCUCGGGGGAUCGGUAAACAAAUAGCCUUGAAAGCAGCGAAUGAUGGAGCAAACAUUGUCAUAGCUGCUAAAACUGCAGAACCUCAUCCAAAAUUACCUGGAACCAUUUACACUGCUGCCAAAGAAAUUGAAGCUGCAGGUGGCAAGGCGUUGCCAUGCAUUGUAGACGUUAGAGACGAGUCACAGGUUAUUUCAGCGGUUGAAAAUGCAGUGAAACAUUUCGGUGGCAUCGACGCUCUGAUAAAUAAUGCUAGUGCGAUUUCUUUGACCAAGACAGUUGAUACCGAAAUGAAGAGAUUUGAUUUGAUGCACCAAAUAAACACCAGAGGAACUUUUCUCGUGUCUAAGGCAUGCAUUCCACAUUUAUUGAAAAGUUCAAAUCCGCACAUUGUUAAUAUCAGCCCGCCAUUGAACCUGGCACCCCAUUGGUUCGCUCCACAUGUUGCCUAUACAAUGGCUAAGUACGGUAUGUCCAUGUGCGUCCUUGGCAUGGCUCAAGAAUUCAAAGAUGAUGGUAUUGCUGUCAAUGCUGUGUGGCCAAAAACCGCCAUCCAGACAGCUGCUAUGGAUAUGCUGGCUGGACCGGAUUCCAACGAUUACAAUCGCAAACCAGAAAUCGUUGCUGACACCGUUUAUAGUCUACUGUGCAAAGAUUCGAGAUCUAUAACUGGACAAUUCCUUGUGGACGAAGAUUACCUCAGAAGCGAGGGGAUCACAGACUUUGCUCAAUAUGCGUGUAACCCAAAAUACCAAGAUAAUUUGAUGCCGGACUUUUUCUUGGACGUCGAUCCGGAGACCAUUCUGGAAAAUUUUGCAAAAGGCGGUGUGACCAAACAAUUGGCAAAGGAUGCCAAACAGUCCAAAUCGUCUGAUGCUGGAGGUGGCAAAGUAGCAGGGAUAUUCACCGCCAUUCAAGCCAACCUUAGCAGCGAUCUAGUAAACAAGACUGGUGCUAUAUUUCAAUUCAAUGUCAAAGGAGACGAAGCUAGCACAUGGUUCAUUGAUCUCAAGAAUGGGAAAGGUUCAGCCGGCAAGGGCGAACCUGGCCAGCCAGCUGAUACAACAUUGACGAUGGACUCUGAAAACUUUUUUGCUAUGUUCAGCGGUAAACUGAAGCCUACGGCAGCUUUCAUGACGGGUAAGCUAAAGAUUACUGGUAACCUACAGAAAGCAAUGAAGUUAGAAAACUUGAUGAACAGUUUGAAGUCGAAACUUUAAGUGUAAGAUUACUUGUUCGUACCAAUACUGCUGAAAACAUUAACCGCAAGAUAAAUGCACCGUUUGGUUGAAUUUAACUUGUGAUAUGGUUCCACAUAGAACCUGGCUGACCAUGAGAAUCAUCAUUCACAUUUUUACACAUUCAGCAAAUUUAAAAUCGCGGGAAAUCACCUACUUUGGUACCAGGGCACAGCCCAAUUUACAAAAUCUAAGGAGUGUCGGAGAACACAAUGAAAUUCAAUAGAGUUGUAUAUGAUUGACGAUGUAUUAUACUGUAUCUAUACCUGAAAAUCUAUUUUUUGUAUGUACAUUAUGUGCAGUUCAGACUGUAUUUUUACAGAAGAAUAAAAACUGUUGUUAUA